ACAGAUGGACAUGAAAGCCGUCAUUCCAUGGAGGUGCGUGUCCUUUCCUCUCCUGAUUGUGAAGUCGAUGAUGAUAAUGACGACGAUGAUGAUGAUGAUGACGACAUUGUAGUUGAAUCACCUGGAGGGACCCACAUGCCGAUCAAUAUACAUCCAGUAUUUCACAGCGCAUCACGAUCGUCCAAUCCGUCCAAUCAGGAGGGAGGAUUUGUGGAUAUGUCAGAAUUUAUUAAGGCUUGUGCAGGAAAUAACAUGUUUCCAUACUCAGAAUAUAUGAAGCAUUUUAAACCGAUUCCUGGUGUUAUCGGACUCCCGGAGUCUCGCGUGGUUAAGAAGCCUUUUACCUGCACCAUAUGCAAUAAAUGUUUCACGCACAAUUCAUACCUGAUCAAGCACAUGCGAACUCACACCGGGGAGAAGCCGUUUCCAUGUGAAGAGUGUGGGAAAUGUUUUACUGACAACUCUGGUCUCACAAAACACCAGAGAAUCCACACAGGUGAACGGCCGUACCAGUGUGCAGUGUGCGGGAAGAGCUUUACGUAUAAAGCCGACCUUAUCAAACAUGAAAGAAUCCACACGGGGGAGAAGCCUUUCCCGUGUCCUGAAUGCGGCAAAUGCUUUACAGACAAGUCUGGCCUGGCCAAACAUCAGAGAAUCCACACGGGGGAGAGGCCGUUCCAGUGCGCUGAGUGUGGAAAAUGUUUUGCCCGGAAGUCACAUCUUGGGAAACAUCAAAUAAUUCACACUGGCGAGAAGCCGUUUCAGUGUCCCGAAUGCGGAAGGUGUUUCGCACGUAAAUCUCAUCUGGUCAAUCAUCAGAUCAUACACACGGGUGAGAAACCUCAUUUAUGCACAGAGUGUGGGAAAUGUUUUGCCCAAAGACCGGGCCUUAUUAUUCAUCGCAGAACACACAGGAAAGUGAUCCAGUUUUCAUGAUCUUGUACA